CCUGAAACCUGUACACACAUCGUCGAUCUUGACAACGGUAUGCCUGUGCGGGCAGGAGGAGCUCCCACCAUUCAAGGUGAUGGGAUGACCGGCAGCUCAACCAAACAUGGCCAAUAGCCUCAAGAUCGCCACCGGCACUCCCUCCCUGGCAGAGCGCUUUGCCGACCGUCAUACCCACCGACUUCAUAUACAACCCAAUGCCUCUCACCAUCCCCGAGCCCUCCCGUGUCUAGCUCACAGCGCCCACCUCCCCCCUCCCCUUCCCAUUCCGCCUUUGAGCGAAGAUCCACCGCAAGAUGCCUACCAGGACACCCAGCAGGACCUCGGCCGCUGAGCAGGAGGACAACAGCCCCGGGAGUGUCUACCUUGUCUCCGGGGACGGCCACCUUCUCAGCCUCCCCAUCCCCAGCAGCUCGCCCCACGACCCCCUCGGCUGGAGUCUGCUGAAGCGAUGCCGCAUCAUCUCGCUCAUCACGGCCAUGGCCGCCAUCGGCGUCGCGGUCCAGCAGUUCCCGUCCCUGAUCGUCAGGGCCUUGAUCAAGGAGAUGGGCGAGGCGACCUGGGGCCCCUUUACGAUGAACCACGUCGACGCUGUUCCAACGCUCUUCAUGGGCAUCGGGUGCCUGAUAUGGACGCCCAUGUCGCUCUGGCUCGGCCGCCGCCCCGUCCUGAUCCUGUGCGCCGGUUUGAUGCCGGUUGCCACUCUACUCAGCGGCAUGUCCACAUCUUUUGCCAUGUACAUCAUCUCCAUCGCCCUCCUGGGCCUUGCCAACGGAGUGGCGUUUAGCACGGGUCUCCUGGUCCUCAUCGACGUCACCUUCAUCCACCAGCGCUCCAACGCCAUCGCGGCCGACUGGGGCGUCGCCACCUUCAUCACGCAGCUGCUCAUCAGCCUCGUGCCCCUGACCAACGACGUCUCGACCUAUUGGCGGCCUAUCUACCGCGCCUGGGCCGUCCCCUCAGCCGUCCUCUUUGUGCUCGUCUGGCUCUUCGUGCCCGAGACCUACUUCCUGCGCCCGCCCGUCGCCCUCGACGGCCGCAUCCUCGUUCAGGGCGGCUCCGAGAAGGUCCGCAUGUACGACGACUGGGACCAGGUCCCCGGCGGGCGGCCCGCCGCGCCCGAGGAUGCCGUCUACGGCGGCGGCAGUAAGCGUGGCAGCAGCGACGGCAGCGGCGACGACGAGUACGGCCUCGGGGUUAGUGUUGCUACUGCUGCCAUGGCGGAGCCGACCACCCCCGGGCGCGCCGCCGUGGCCCUCACCCUCGUCCGCUCGCCCUCCCACAACGGCUCGCUCGCCGUCACCCGCUCGCCCUCACAUGCCGGCUCGUUCGCCUCGCUGACGCCACUCACACCCACACCCCUCAUGCCCUCCCUCGCGCGCAACGCCCAGCUGCGCGGGCCCUCGGGCGGCGGCAACCGCUACAGCGCGCCCUCGUGGGCGGAGAGGCACAUGUCGGUGCACAAGGCGGCCGGUGGCGACUGGCGGUCCGCGCUCGCCUUCUUCCCGCAGACGGGCCUGUGCCUGGUCAACCCGCUCCUGUUCUGGGUCGCGCUCCUAAACGCCGUCAACUUCGCCGGCAUGGUCUCCAUCGGCUCCACCUACCCGGCCGUCCUCAUGGCUCCCCCUUACAGCCUCGAGCCCCGGUCCGUGUCGCUCGUCAACCUGGCCGCCGCGCUCGGCAGCCUGCUCGCCUGGCCCGGGUCCGGGCUCGUCAUCGAGCGCCUGACGAACCGCCUCACGCGCCGCAAGGGCCGCGGCGUCCGCCACGCCGAGUACUACCUCCUCGGCUUCGCCCUGCCCGUCAGCACGGGCGUGCUGAGCCUGGUUCUCUACGGCCUCGCCGUGCGCCACGGCUGGCAUCCGGCCUGCAUCUACGCGUCCUACGGGCUCAACAGCUUCUCGUACGCCAGCGGCGGCGUCGCAAACACCGUCUGGGCCGCCGCCGUCUUCCCGCGCUGGGCCGCCGCCGCCCUCGCCGUCGUGGGCGGCGUCACCUACGUGCUCAGCUUCGGCCUCAGCUUCGCCAUCCCGCCCUGGAUCGCGUCCCAGGGCUUCGCGGGCGCGAACCUCCAGAUCGCCGCCAUCGUGCUGGUGCUGGGGCUCGUCGCGGUGCCCGUGGCCUUUUGGGGCCGCAACGUGCGCCAGUUCAUACACUCGCGCUGGGGUGCGUACGAGGCCGGCGCCGUGCGGCCUCAGUGAUGAGGUGCAUGCCUGCUUUGCGCCGCCUACUUUGUUACGUCUCGUCAUUCUCCUUUGUUUCUUUCUGCCUUCUUUCUUUCGGAUAGAUGCGGGCACGUCUUUUCUAGAAGAUUGGAGUGUAGGCCCUUUGCCCGCUCGAGAGACCUUUACCCCAUUUCUAGUGUAAAAAAAUGUGUUGGUGAUAUGACUUGGCGCGUUUAGUUCAAGAGGACAGCCUAGACUAGAUCUUUCAGACUUGGCAAUAAUGAAAUACUGUACUUUACGACAAGGAA